UAUUACAACAGACGGGCCAAGGAAGCUAGGACAAUCAGUCGGAUAUUUAAAAUGGCGGAUGUGGAGAUGAAAGAAGCUUCUGCUGGCACUUCAGCCAAGGGAAAGGGAGCAUCUAAGGCUUCCGAAGGUGCAAGUGAUGGCAAAAAGAAGUUCGAAGUCAAGAAAUGGAAUGCGGUGGCCCUAUGGGCGUGGGAUAUCGUUGUCGAUAAUUGUGCCAUUUGCCGUAAUCAUAUCAUGGACUUGUGUAUCGAGUGUCAAGCAAACCAAGGCUCAUCUACGACUGAAGAGUGUACAGUUGCCUGGGGGAUUUGCAACCACGCGUUUCAUUUCCACUGCAUAUCCCGUUGGCUGAAAACUCGCCAGGUCUGUCCCUUGGAUAACCGAGACUGGGAAUUUCAGAAGUAUGGUCGGUAAACGCAGUUCUAUAGAGGAUCUUCUGAUUGCUGAAGCUGCCACCUACGUGGUGUCAUACAUUUUUAUACGCAACAAAUGGUCUGGAUUGGCGUUCGGGUUUGUUUUUCACACCUUUCCGGUGAUUACUAUGAUGAUAAAUGCGGCUUCUUAGUUGUGUAGAGAUAGAUAGUCCGGCUCAAUACCUUCCGAGUCGAUCUCUCCUGUAUCUUGCUUGUACUUCAUGCCACUUUAGUUCCAUCUACCAUGAUCCGUGCGCCACCGAC